UUUUUGUCUAUUAAAAUAAUUAAAACAAAUUACGGCACACGAUGCAAUAAGUACAAAAUGUAAAAUACCUUAUUGAUCCAUUCAUCGAUCUACUGAAAAAACAAUGUUCAUUUAAUUGUGGCCACAAUCACCUGAACAACAAUCUCUGAUUACCUUGUUUCAUUCGUUGACCAGCGAUGCGUCAGAUCGAGAAGGGUUGUUCCGCAGGUGGUGAAUGAAGUGGUGGAAGAACUCAGAAAAGGGACAGAGUGGCAUCAUAAGCAAAGUGAAUUGCGCGAAGUUGGCACACAUUGUGUAAAGAAAGGGUUAAAUAGUGGGGAAGUGGGAAUAUCAUGUCUGAUGAGCAGUUCUUUCGUGAAAUAAGAGAAACCAUGAUCGACGAUACUCGCAAGAUGUUGGAAAAUGCUGGAGUUAGCAAGGGCAAGAAAGGUUCGGUGAAAGAAAACAACAAAUCAAAGAUUAGUAAGAAGCCGAAGGACAACGAAGAACUGCUAGAUGCAGGACUAGCAAAGGAUACGUCCACUUCACGUGAGCUGAAAACGCAGCCCAUUUUACUCGAUGUGAAGAAACUCGAGGAAAACGAUUCAGCUGCAUCUUCGUCGGGCCUCCCCGAUAAGCGAGCUGGUAAGGUCACCUUUGGAAACAUGGACGAAAUAGUUAACGCUUUUGCGAAGGAGAAAGCAACCGAGAAGGUGAACAGUAAAUCGGAAUCCGAAGCAGAUGAACCACCUCCACCGCUAGGACAGCCAGAGCUGAGAAGCAAGGCGUUUAAGGAAACAAAUAUCAAAAAGGAUAAGAUGAAACUGAAGGGUGGCACUAAACAAUUCGAUGCGAGAAAGGACAAUGCCAAACCGAUUAAGGAUGAUGCAGCUAACGAUCGGGUAUCGCAAUUGUCGCGAAAGAUCGAUGAAUUGGUGGUCCAGAUUAAUAAUAUGAAGAAGGAGUGUAAAGAGAAUCCCGGUAAACGCAAACCUGGUUCGAUCGCUGCUGGUACAUCAAACAAUCCACUAGAAGGGAAGGACAAAUUCCCGGAGAAAAGGACAAAACCGACACAAUCAGUAUCGGAAUCUAGUAGCAAGACGGAGUCGAAACGGAAGGACAAACCACUUUCUGUCCCAUCACCGAAAAGGGAUAGCACCCAAACGAUGACGGACGAAACGCUGGAAAGCGAUGAGUUGCCACCGGAGCAUAAGCUACUGGUUAAGCUAUUUUUGCUAAGCUCUAGUCAGCGGAGAAAGUUUAUCGAACGGCAGGGAAUAGAGCUCGGUCUGCUUGAUCCACAUCCAUACAAGAAGCAUGUGGUGCUGGUUAACAAAAGCAUCAUCCCCGUUGCGGAAAAGUUGGUUUUGGAGGCGAAACAAUUUCUUGCCGAUAGGAAUGGAGCCGUUGGACCGAUCACAUCGUCCAAGGAGCGUAUGGAGCACCAUGCGCAAACUGCAACCAGCAGCAAGCAGAAACGUGAAACUAGGGGAUCGUACGAAGAUCAAAUAAACUUUCUGCUAAGCGGUGGUAAACGGAGCUCGAAAUCUAAAGCCGAUCCUGAGCUUCUGCUGGAGAACGUGCGGGACAAAGCGAACGAAAUCAUACAGGAACGAUUAGAUUCGUUUGUGCAGCAGUUGGUCGACAAAAAUGUCGGUUACAUGAUGGAGGGAACCAUACGCAUCAAUGCGCGCAACAAUAUACAGUCGUUUGUUGAUGAUGCCUCACGCACUGGGAAUAUUUUUAUAAAUUCUAUCCUACUGCGCCGAUGCGCCAUGGAAGGCGAUUUGGUUCGGGUAUUUGUAAAACACCAGACACCGGAUUCCGAGGAAGAAACGGACGAUAAUUCUGACUGUGAGAAUGAAUCCGCGGAAGAGACCACAAACCCUGCGGUAAAUUCGACGAACAACAACGCCGGAUUCGUCGUGCGUAUCCUGGAAAAGCGUCACAAUCGUCAGUGCGUCGGGAAGUUCCUGCAGACUGCAGCGGGUAAGAAACAUUUUCGAAUGUUUGUAUCAAGAGAUAUGCGCAUUCCGCCGAUGCGUGUGUUCAAGCAGGAUUGGCCAAAUGCCCUACUGGAAGUAAAACCAACCAAGCCAAAGGAGGUCGAUCGAAAGGCGUCGCAAACGAAUGAAAGCACGGAUGUAACAGACGUAUUAUAUCACGCCGAAAUCAUCGAGUGGCAGGAUGAGAUACCGAUCGGUACGAUAUUGAAAUCCAUCGGAAAAUGUGGUGUUCUUGAGGUGGAAAACGAAUCCAUUCUCGUCGAACACAAUCUGGAUGUGAAGCCUUAUGGGGAAGACAUUUUAGCGCAGCUUCCGGCAGUACCAUACACCAUACCGGAACAGGAGUUGGCCCGCCGUGAAGAUCUUCGCGGCGAAUGCAUAUUCACGAUCGAUCCGGCAACGGCACGCGAUUUGGAUGAUGCACUAAGCUGCAAAGAGCUUCCAAACGGCAAUUAUCAAAUUGGCGUACACAUAUCGGACGUGACAUUCUUUUUGCGCGAAAGUUCCCCACUGGAUGAGUUGGUGAAGCUUCGGGCCACCUCGAUUUACAUGGUGGAUACGGUGUACCACAUGCUGCCAAAGCAACUGUGCAAUACUUGCUCUCUGCUGCCCGGUGAAGAUAAGCUGGCCUUUUCGGUGUUUUGGGAAAUGCAACCCGAUGGGACGGUGUUAAGUACACGCUUUGCUCGUAGCGUCAUAAACUCUUGCUCGCAGCUAUCGUACGAGCACGCGCAGCUUAUGCUAGACAAUCCGAACUGUGAGUUGGAUGAGGAUCAGUUUCCCGAGAUACUGCACGGAUACACUGCAAAGACGCUUUGCAGAAUCGUCAACACUCUGCAAUCGAUCGCGGUGAAAUUACGCCAACGCAGGAUGGAUGAUGGCUGCCUGAAGAUUAACCAGCCGAAACUUACGUUCCGACUUGAUCCUGCCACUGGGCGACCCAUCGAAUACGGUGCAUACCAAGUUCGUCCGAGUAACGAGAUGAUCGAGGAUUUUAUGCUUCUUGCGAAUACGUCCGUUGCGAAUGCCAUAUAUAAGGCAUUCCCAGCGAUAUCGCUGCUUCGCUCGCACAGUCCACCGGCGGCGAACAUGAUGAAGAAUUUGGCUCGAACUCUGUCCCUGCACGGGCAUGCAUUAUCGUACGCGGGUCCGAAAGACAUCCGCGAAUGCAUGGAAACAAUCAUUGCUUCGUCCGAGAAUCCGGACGCGACCAGAAGUGUGUUGAGCGUGCUGCUCGCCAAACCGAUGAUCCGGGCACAAUACUACUGCUCAUCGUUUGCGACCACUCCCGAACACUUUAUGCACUACGCAUUGGCCAUACCGAUGUACACACACUUCACUAGCCCGAUUCGGCGAUAUGCGGAUUGUCUGGUGCAUCGGGUACUUGCCGCUAUGCUGGAAAUCGAUGUACCACCGAAGCGUUCGCCCGAGGAACUGCAGUGUUUGGCGUUCAUUUGCAACGAGAAGAAGUACAACGCCAAGUUGGCUGGUGAUGCCAGCUCUUUGCUUUACUUCCGACACUGGUUGGCUUCGGUUGGUGAAUACGAAACGGAGGCUGCUGUUAUGGGAUGCGGGACUCAUUUUAUCGAUCUGGUGUUAAUUCAUUCCGGUAUCGUACUUAAAGCUGCAACGAAGAAACUUUCCGCUGUUGCAACGAUCGUGAUGAAAUCCGUCGAACCAGUCGGAAGCUGUAUGUUGAUUCCGGUGGAUACCUCUAUACCGCCGGUUAAGUUAACAAUGUUUAGUAAGGUUCGCGUCACCGUGAAGGUCGUCAAUAAUACGAUUACCGUUUGCUCAAUUCUUCCCCUACGACAGGAGGAAGAAGUUAUAUUAUCGCAAACCCUCGAGAAGUCGGUUACUGAUUUAAGCGCGGAAAUGAAAUCCGCUCGUAUAUAUUAAGACAUUUCGUGCAAUGUUGCAUUUGUCUCACAAAACGUAAGGAUGUUCACACUCCAUCACACAUUAGGUAUAUGUUGUUUUUUGUCAAUUCGAUCAAUUAACGUACGUAAAAUCGUGUUUCUACAGUUUCUACGGUUCGCACACCGUUCGAUGAUUUUUACAUCCUAAAUGACGCAGAAAUAAUUGUAUAUGUAGGUACGUGUUUAUAGAAUUAAACUGUAAUUUAAGCGAUAGUGCGGUGGCUGCUAUCAAAGCUUUAAAAUUCAGCUCGAUUCGUAUGCGCGAUGCACGAUCCGGUUUCUUCCUUUGGCGCGUAAUGACCAUUCGGUUUUUGGUUAGUAAGGCACAAACUGCCAGUCAGUAGGUAAGGCAAUUGUAGUACUAAACAAGAUGAAGAAUUAUUUUACUGCUUUUAGUAAUUGCGUGUAUGCACGUGGAUAAGGCAA